GGAAGGAGAAAAAACUAAAAUAAAAAAAAAUUAUCAUAGAAUUAGUAAUUUAUGAAGUGAGGUAUGGAAAAUUUUUAAAUUCGUUUCAAAAAUUUGAAAAGUGUGCGUUUGAUGUGUAUGUUUAUGUGAUUCAAAUCAGUUGACCUUGUGAGGUGUGCGUAUAACUGUCAGACUCCGUAUCAGAGUCAUUAUCAGUAAUGGAGAACAACAAACUGUAUUUACAACAGCGUGUAAAAACAACACCAAUAUCGGACGAUUAUCAAAUAACAGGACAAGUUUUGGGUCUAGGUAUUAAUGGUAAAGUUGUCGAAUGCUACAGUCUGGCUAAUCGUGAAAAAUUUGCUUUGAAGGUAUUACAUGAUUGCGUAAAAGCACGUCGUGAAGUGGAAUUACAUUGGAAGGUCAGCACUUGUAAACACAUUGUGAACAUCAAGGAUGUGUAUGAGAACGAGUAUGCAGGUCAUAAGUGUUUACUUGUUGUAAUGGAAUGUAUGGAAGGUGGUGAAUUAUUCCAAAGAAUUCAAGAUAGACAAGAUGGUGCUUUUACUGAACGUGAAGCGGCUGAAAUAAUGCGUGAUAUUGCGUAUGCAGUAAAAUUUCUACAUGAUCACAAUAUUGCGCACAGAGACUUAAAACCAGAGAAUUUAUUAUAUUCAAAGCCUGAACCGUUUGGUGUUCUGAAAUUAACUGAUUUUGGUUUCGCUAAGGAAUCUCAGUCACAAGAAUUAUCGCUACAAACACCUUGUUACACUCCCUACUAUGUUGCUCCAGAAGUGCUUGGACCUGACCGUUAUGAUAAAAGCUGUGAUAUUUGGUCCCUGGGAGUCAUUAUGUAUAUUUUGUUAUGUGGUUUCCCUCCAUUUUAUAGUAGUCAUGGUUUAGCUAUAUCUCCGGGUAUGAAAAAACGGAUACGUAAAGGAGAGUAUGAUUUCCCUGAACCAGAAUGGCAUCAUGUUAGUAACGACGCGAAAACCUUAAUUCGUGGUAUGCUCACAAUUGACCCAAGUGGACGUUUAACCAUCGAUCAAGUCAUCUCAAAUCGUUGGAUUGCUCAAUAUACAGCUGUGCCCAAAACACCAUUGUACACGAAUCGUAUGCUUAAGGAAAUGAACAAUUGGCCGGAUGUACAAGAGGAAAUGACCAGAUCUUUGGCCACAAUGCGAGUAGAUUAUGAUCAGGUUCAAAUAAAGAAUUUAGAAAAUAGUAACAAUCCACUAUUGAACAAGAGACGUAAAAAGAUUGAUACAGCGUCUGGAUCAGCAUCAACGACCGUACGUGAUCCGUCCGAAACCGUCAUUUAAAGCCGUCACAUACCAAAACUACUUAAAAGCCAUUUUAACAGAACAAAUUCAUAUAAUUUACGACUGAAUUUUAUUUUUUUUAAUUAGGUCACAAACCACACAAAACUUUUAAUGAUUUUAACGAUUUUAUUUUAAAUAUACUAGCAGGGUCACAAGAAAAUUCGAGAUCAAUAUUCUAGGUCGAAAUUGAUUUGUUUUAGAAUGAAUGGGACUGCUUUCAGUAUAAUUACUUGGGACCUCGAGUAUAUUUAAAUAAUUAUAUUUUAAUUUUUUAACUAAUAGAUAGCAAAGAGAAACAUCGAAAGACUUUUAUCGAAAUUUCUAUGAAAUUAUUUGAAGCCAACUUGAUUGCAAUCGAGAUUUUAUUGGGAAAAAGUUAAAUGCAUAAAAAAAAUACCCAAAGGGUGUCAGUUGAGGUGCUUCGAUGAUUAUUUAAGGAUGGUAAUCCACUCCUUUUAUCAUCAUUUGACAGUCGAGCUAGAACUUAGAAGUCUGAAAUUUUAAAUGAGAGCUUAAGAAACCUGUUUUAAUGUUUCAAUAAGAGGUUAGGGGAUCAACUAGAACGUUUAACACUCCCCGAAUUUUCUUUUGCUAUCUCUUGGAUCAAUUUUUUAUUUUUAAACAAAACUUAAACUGCAAUUUUUAAUUUUUGCGACGUAAUUUCUAAGUAUUAUUUGAAAAAGAGGUUUUAUUUUAAAGAAUAAUAAUUAGCAGAGUUUUUAUUUUAAUAUAUUUUGUCUUGGAAAAACUAAAAAAGAAAAGAAGGUUUUUCUCUAAACGUAGAAUUUAUAAACGGGUCACAAAGCAAAGGCAAAGGUCUGGCUUGUCUCGAAAUAAUCUCGACAAGUUUGUUUUAACAAGAAAGGUAAUAAAGCACGCCUUCGGGAGCUUACAUCUCAUCUGGAAUAUUUUAUUUUUAAAAACUUAUCCAAAUAAUUGAAUUAUUCUGUGGGACCUGGAUCGAUACUUAUCCACAGAUAAGUAAACUGCCGAAAGUCGUGUAUUAUUUUUAAUUUUUGAGCUUUGUGAUCGAAAAACGAAAUACUGAAUUUGAUGGAAAUUCUUUAAACAAAUAUUUUAAAUAAAAGUUGUAAAUUCUAUAGUUUAGGAUUGCCUGAUAAUCAAAAAAAUUAAUUAAGAGAAAACUUAAUGUUGUACAAGGUUCCACACAUGCGCAUGUGCGUAUGAUAAUCUUUUGUUUUAAAAUUAUUAGUAAAACAUUCCAAGCGAAAUAGAUGGCACCAUGUAAUUAGAACAUUAUGGCUUCCACAGGGUCCUGGCAAUCAUAUUCAGGGUUUUCUUGGACAUAGCCAGGAUAACUCUUGAUCAAAUUACCUUUUUAAUAAUAAACAAAUUAAACAGACAGACAAACAGAUACACACCAUGGUUAGGGGCUUAACAUAACCCUCUUUUUGGGUUUGCAAAUGUCAGAUAAAAGAGGCGCCUCGGGAUUAUAGGCUAUUGGGAUUAGCGGCCCUGGAUUUCCAUAAAAGUUAUUUAUAGUUCAAUUCAACAGUUUUUCAUGUGUUCGUAGUUUAGAAAUAAAUUUUCAUAAAAAAAGACUGUUGAAUUUAGAAAAAUUUUCGAAUGGCAUGUUUGGAAUCUUAUUUUUAGCUAAUGGAAAUUUAAUUAGUAACGUUAUUAAUAUAAAAAAAAAAUCAAAGAAAAU